AUGUCGCUCGCCGACUACCUCGCCAAGAACUACCUCACAGCAGACUCGGAUAAGAAGUCGAAAAAGCGCAAAAGAAAACACAAAGAUGGCGGCCUCAAGAUCGACGACGACGAUAUCUCUGGCUGGAACAAGGGCGCAGACGACGACGAUGAUGAUGCGCCGACAAUUGCUGGAAUGACGCUCUCGUCAAAGAAGUCCAAGAAGAAGUCAAAAACGGCAGAAGAUGUUGCAGUCAAGAGAUUCGGUGUUGCAGCGCCCUCGCACGCCGCCCAGCUCGCCGCAGACGAAGCCGUAGCCAACGAAAUCAUCGCUUCGGCUGCCUCCGAUCGCAGACAGGCCGACGAGAACGAAGACGAGGCACCGGCGGUGGAAGACACGGAAGGCGUCUUCAUGGAGUCGGGAGUCCGCGCUGGUCUGCAGACGGCAGCGCAACUCGCCGCGAUGAUGAAGAAAAAGCAAGACGAAGAGAAGAGAAAGACGGCAGAGGCGGCCAAGGAGGGCGGACCUGGAGAGACCAUCUAUCGAGACGCCAGCGGUCGGGUAAUAAACGUGGCUAUGAAGCGCGCGGAAGCGAGGAAAAAGGCGGAAGAGGAAGAAAGGAAGAAUCUGGAAAAGGAGCGUGCGGCGAGGGGAGACGUACAGAAUGCGGAGGCCGCGAAGCGGAGACAGCAAUUACAGGAUGCGAAAGGCCUCACGGUAGCACGGCACGCGGAUGAUGAGGAGCUCAACGACGAGUUGAAGGAGCAGGGAAGGUGGAACGACCCUGCGGCUGGUUUUUUGCGUAAAAAGAAAGCAGGUCGGAGUAUCACGGGCAAGCCGCUCUACCAAGGAGCCUUUAAGCCGAACCGCUACGGCAUACGCCCGGGACAUCGGUGGGAUGGCGUCGAUAGAGGCAAUGGAUUUGAGAGCGAGUGGUUCAGCUCUAGGAACAAAAAGGCAAACAUCGAGAAGCUCCAAUACCAGUGGCAGAUGGACGAGUAA